GCCUCCUCCUCCUCACUAGGGGAUUUGCAGCCGGAGGUUGCACGGGGCGCCGCGGCUCUCUGCGUCUCUCGGGGGGCACCGGGCAUUUCUCCCUGGGAGCGGAGUCCUUUUCCCGCCUGAGUUUGGGGGUGCUUUUUUUUUGGAGGAUCCUGCAUGCCCGCCGGCUGGCUGGGGGCGCCCCGGGAUCGAUGUGGCUCUGAAGGAGGGGGGGGGCCAGGACCAGCGCAAAGAGAGACGCCGGUGUGGAGCUCGAAGAGAAGGAAUGCAGCAGCUUCUGGUGCAGAGCCUCCUGCUGUCACUGCUGCCCGUGCUGAGCCGAGGUUUACGAUGUACACAGCCUGCCGAAUCCUGCCUGAAUGGAGGAAAGUGUGAAACUUACUCCAAUGGGACUGGGGUAUGCCUAUGCAACAGUGCCCACGUAGGUGACCGGUGCCAGCUGCCAAACCCCUGCCUCAGCUCCCCGUGCAAGAACGCCGGCACCUGCCACCCGGUCAUCCGUGGCAAUGCUGUGGAUUACACCUGUUCCUGCCACCUGGGCUUCACAGACAGGCUGUGCCUGACGCCCGAGGAGAACGCCUGCCUCAACAACCCCUGCCGCAACGGGGGGACCUGCGACCUGCUCACUCUGACUGAAUACAAGUGCCGGUGCCCUCCGGGGUGGUCAGGUAAGACCUGCCAGCAGGCAGAUCCCUGUGCCUCCAACCCCUGUGCCAACGGAGGGCAGUGUGUUCCUUUCGAAGCCCAUUACGUCUGCAAGUGCACAGCGGGCUUCCAUGGGGCCAGUUGCAAGCAGGACGUGAACGAGUGCAACACUAGUCCUCCCAUCUGCAAGAAUGGCGGGAGCUGCACCAAUGAGGUCGGGACCUACCAGUGUUCCUGCAAGCCAGCAUACACGGGCCAGAACUGUGAGCACCUCUAUGUGCCUUGCAACCCCUCGCCCUGCCAGAACGGGGGCACUUGCCGUCAGACUAGCGACACCACCUAUGACUGCACAUGUCUUCCAGGUUUUGCUGGUCAGAACUGCGAGGACAACAUUGAUGACUGUCCUGGGAAUAACUGCAAGAAUGGAGGCACCUGUGUGGAUGGAGUUAACACCUACAACUGCCAGUGCCUUCCUGAGUGGACAGGUCAGUAUUGCACUGAAGAUGUCGAUGAGUGCCAGCUCAUGCCGAAUGCCUGCCAGAAUGGAGGAACGUGCCACAACAACCACGGUGGCUUCAACUGCGUCUGUGUCAACGGCUGGACUGGCGAGGACUGCAGUGAGAACAUUGACGACUGUGCUAUGGCUGCCUGCUUCCAGGGUGCUACCUGCCACGACCGGGUGGCCUCUUUCUACUGCGAGUGCCCACAUGGCCGCACAGGCUUGCUGUGCCACCUGGAUGACGCCUGCAUCAGUAACCCCUGCAACGAAGGCUCUAACUGCGACACCAACCCUGUCAACGGCAAAGCCAUCUGCACCUGCCCCUCGGGUUACACGGGCCCAGCCUGUAACCAAGACAUAGACGAGUGCUCUCUAGGAGCCAAUCCUUGUGAGCAUGCUGGGAAAUGCAUCAACACCCAAGGAUCCUUCCAGUGCCAGUGUCUCCAGGGGUAUUCGGGCCCCCGCUGUGAGAUAGAUGUCAAUGAAUGCCUCUCGAAUCCGUGCCAGAACGAUGCCACCUGCCUGGAUCAGAUUGGUGAAUUCCAGUGUAUCUGCAUGCCAGGUUACGAGGGAGUUUACUGUGAAAUCAACACAGACGAGUGUGCCAGCAGCCCCUGCCUGCACAACGGGAACUGCAUCGAUAAGAUCAACGAGUUCCACUGCGAGUGCCCCACAGGCUUUAAUGGGCACCUGUGUCAAUAUGACAUCGACGAGUGCGCCAGCACGCCAUGCAAGAACGGGGCUAAGUGCAUAGACGGCCCCAACACCUACACCUGCGAGUGCACAGAAGGAUUUGCAGGUGCUCACUGCGAAAUCGACAAAAACGAAUGUGAUCCUGACCCGUGCCACUACGGGACCUGCAGAGACGGCAUUGCUGCCUUCACCUGUCUCUGCCAGCCUGGCUACACGGGCCACCUCUGUGACAUCAACAUCAACGAGUGCCAGAGCCAGCCAUGCAAAAAUGGAGGGACCUGCCAGGACAGGAACAAUGCCUACAACUGUCUGUGCCUCAAAGGCACCACAGGGCCUAACUGUGAAAUCAACCUGGACGACUGUGCUAGCAACCCAUGUGACUAUGGCAAGUGCCUAGACAAGAUCAAUGGCUAUGAAUGUACCUGCGAGCCAGGAUACACAGGGAGAAUGUGCAACAUCAACAUCGACGAGUGUGCCAGCAACCCGUGCCACAAUGGUGGAACCUGUAAGGACGGCAUCAAUGGCUUCACGUGCAUCUGCCCCGAGGGUUACCACGACCCUAUGUGUGUGCUGGAAGUGAAUGAGUGUAACAGCAACCCCUGCAUCCAUGGGAAAUGCAAUGAUGGACUCAAUGGCUACAGGUGUGAUUGUGACCCAGGCUGGAGCGGGACAAACUGCGACAUCAACAACAACGAGUGUGAAUCAAAUCCUUGCAUGAAUGGAGGCACCUGCAAGGAUAUGACUAGCGGAUACAUCUGUACCUGCCGGGAGGGUUUCAGUGGGCCCAACUGCCAGACCAAUAUCAAUGAAUGUGCUUCCAACCCUUGCCUGAAUCAGGGAACCUGCAUAGAUGAUGUAGCCGGCUACAAAUGCAACUGUCUCCUGCCAUAUACAGGGGCUACGUGUGAGGACGUGCUAGCUCCGUGUGCGGCCAGUCCGUGUAAGAAUGGUGGCGAGUGCAGAGAGUCAGAGGACUACGAGAGCUUCUCCUGCGUCUGCCCCUCUGGCUGGCAAGGUCAAACGUGUGAGAUUGACAUCAACGAAUGUGUGAAAAGCCCCUGUCGAAACGGCGCCACGUGUCAGAACGCAGAUGGGGGCUACCGCUGCAACUGCAAAGCAGGCUACACCGGCCGCAACUGCGAUGCCGACAUCGACGACUGCAAGCCAAAUCCCUGCCAUAAUGGUGGCUCCUGCUCUGACAGCAUCGACGCCUUCUUCUGUGACUGCCUGGCAGGCUUCCGGGGGCCCAAAUGCGAGGAGGACAUCAACGAGUGCGCCAGCAACCCCUGCAAGAAUGGGGCCAACUGCACGGAUUGUGUCAACAGCUACACGUGCACCUGCCCCUCUGGCUUCAGUGGGAUCCACUGUGAGAACAACACACCUGACUGCACAGAAAGCUCCUGUUUUAAUGGGGGAACCUGUGUGGACGGCAUCAAUACCUUCACCUGCGUAUGCCCACCGGGCUUCACGGGCAGCUACUGUGAGCAUGACAUCAACGAAUGCGACUCCAAGCCGUGCUUGAAUGGGGGCACCUGCCAGGACAGCUAUGGGACCUACAAGUGCACCUGCCCGCAGGGCUACACCGGCCUCAACUGUCAGAAUCUGGUGCGCUGGUGUGACUCCUCUCCCUGCAAAAACGGAGGCAAGUGCUGGCAGACCAACAACCUGUACCGCUGUGAGUGCAACAGCGGGUGGACGGGCCUGUAUUGUGACGUCCCCAGCGUAUCCUGUGAUGUGGCUGCGAACCAGCAAGGUGUCGACGUGGCGCACCUGUGCAGGAACUCCGGCCUCUGCGUGGAUACAGGCAACACGCACUUCUGCCGCUGCCAGGCUGGUUACACGGGCAGCUACUGUGAGGAGCAGGUGGACGAGUGCUCCCCGAACCCCUGCCAGAAUGGAGCUACAUGCACGGACUACUUGGGAGGCUACUCCUGUGAGUGUGUUACUGGCUAUCACGGAGUUAACUGCUCAGAGGAGAUCAAUGAGUGCCUGUCUCACCCAUGCCAGAAUGGAGGAACCUGCAUCGAUCUCAUCAAUACCUACAAAUGCUCUUGCCCCAGAGGGACUCAAGGGGUGCACUGUGAAAUCAACGUUGAUGAUUGCAGCCCUUUCUUUGAUCCCGUCACUCUGGGGCCCAAGUGCUUUAACAACGGCAAAUGCACAGACCGAGUGGGCGGCUACAGCUGCAUCUGCCCACCCGGCUUCGUGGGGGAGCGCUGCGAGGGGGACGUCAAUGAAUGUCUGUCCAACCCCUGUGACGCGCGGGGGACCCAGAACUGCGUGCAGCGUGUCAACGAUUACAAGUGCGAGUGCAGGCAGGGGUAUGCAGGCCGUCGCUGUGAUACCGUGGUGGAUGGCUGUAAGGGCAAACCCUGCAGGAACGGUGGAACGUGUGCAGUUGCUAGCAACACUGGCCGGGGCUUCAUCUGUAAAUGCCCCCCGGGUUUUGUCGGCGCCACUUGUGAAAACGACUCGCGCACCUGUGGGAACCUGCACUGCUUGAAUGGCGGCACCUGCAUCUCCAUCCACAAGAGCUCCAAGUGCAUGUGUGAUCCUGCCUUCACGGGACCAGACUGCCAGCACCCCGUCAGCAGCCCUUGCAAUUCAAACCCAUGUUACAAUGGGGGCACCUGUGAAUACUUCAGUGACGCUCCCCCAUAUUACCAGUGCAAUUGCCCUGCAAAUUUCAAUGGCCUAUACUGCCACAUCCUGGAUUUUGAUUUCCGGGGAGGCGUCGGACAGGACAUCACCCCACCCAAAAUUGAAGAGAAAUGUGAGAUACCCGUUUGCGCGGGUUUCGCUGGCAACAAGAUCUGUGAUGGGAAGUGCAACAACCAUGCCUGCGGCUGGGAUGGAGGGGACUGUUCCCUCAACUUCAACGACCCCUGGAAGAACUGCUCCCAGUCGCUGCAGUGCUGGAAGUACUUCAACGACGGGAAGUGCGAUUCGCAGUGCAACAAUGCUGGGUGUCUGUAUGAUGGCUUUGACUGCCAGAAGGUGGAAGGGCAAUGCAAUCCUCUGUAUGACCAGUACUGUAAAGAUCACUUUUCAGAUGGUCACUGCGACCAGGGGUGUAACAAUGCUGAGUGUGAAUGGGAUGGUCUGGACUGUGCCAACAACAUGCCUGAGAAGCUUGCAGAUGGCACUUUGGUAGUGGUGGUCCUGAUAACCCCAGAGAACCUGAAGAACAACUCCUUCAACUUCCUCCGAGAGCUCAGCCGUGUCCUUCACACCAAUGUGGUCUUCAAAAAGAACCCCAAGGGAGAGUACAUGAUCUUCCCAUACUACGGCAAUGAAGAGGAGCUGAAAAAGCACCACAUCAAGAGGUCGACAGAGAACUGGUCAGACAUGCCCAGUGCCGUCUUCAACACAAUAAAGACAUCCCUCUCAUCGCGUGUCAGUGAAAGGCAGCGGAGAGAGCUGGAUCAGAUGGAUAUCAGAGGAUCCAUCGUAUACUUGGAGAUUGACAACCGCCAGUGUAUCCAGUCCUCCUCGCAAUGCUUUCAGAGUGCAACUGAUGUGGCGGCUUUCCUGGGUGCCUUGGCCUCACUUGGUAACCUGAACAUCCCCUACAAAAUAGAAGCCGUUAAAAGUGAAACAGCUGAGCCCCAGAGGAACUCUCAGUUGUAUCCUAUGUAUGUGGUGGUGGCUGCACUUGUCUUGCUUGCUUUCAUUGGAGUGGGAGUAGUGGUAUCUCGAAAGCGGCGCAGGGAGCAUGGGCAGCUCUGGUUCCCAGAAGGCUUCAAAGUGACAGAGUCAAGCAAGAAAAAGCGACGAGAACCACUUGGGGAGGAUUCCGUUGGACUGAAACCCUUGAAAAAUGCUUCUGAUGGCACCUUGAUGGAUGACAACCAGAAUGAAUGGGGUGAUGAAGAAACCUUGGACACUAAGAAGUUCAGGUUUGAGGAGCAGGCGAUGCUGCCAGACACGGACGAUCAGACAGAUCACAGGCAGUGGACUCAACAGCACCUAGAUGCAGCCGACCUGCGCAUCUCUUCCAUGGCACCCACCCCACCGCAAGGUGAAAUUGAUGCAGAUUGUAUGGAUGUCAACGUUCGAGGUCCUGAUGGAUUCACCCCACUCAUGAUUGCUUCGUGCAGUGGAGGAGGACUGGAGACUGGCAACAGCGAAGAGGAGGAGGAUGCUCCCGCUGUCAUCUCAGAUUUCAUUUACCAGGGUGCCAGCUUGCACAACCAGACAGACCGAACCGGCGAGACAGCACUCCACCUGGCUGCAAGGUAUUCUCGCUCCGAUGCUGCCAAACGCCUGCUGGAGGCCAGUGCAGAUGCAAACAUCCAGGACAACAUGGGCAGGACGCCCCUCCAUGCAGCUGUGUCAGCUGAUGCUCAAGGAGUCUUCCAGAUCCUGAUUAGGAACAGAGCAACUGAUUUGGAUGCCCGCAUGCACGAUGGGACCACGCCGCUGAUCCUGGCAGCUCGCUUGGCCGUGGAGGGCAUGCUGGAGGAUCUGAUCAAUUGCCACGCAGAUGUCAAUGCAGUGGAUGACCUAGGCAAAUCGGCAUUGCACUGGGCAGCUGCUGUGAAUAACGUAGAAGCUGCCAUGGUGCUGCUGAAGAACGGUGCCAAUAAAGACAUGCAGAACAAUAAGGAGGAGACACCAUUGUUCCUUGCAGCCAGAGAAGGGAGCUACGAAACUGCCAAAGUCCUCCUGGAUCACUUUGCGAACCGUGACAUAACAGAUCACAUGGACCGGCUCCCGCGGGACAUUGCGCAGGAACGCAUGCACCAUGACAUUGUGCGGCUGCUGGACGAGUAUAACCUGGUACGGAGCCCUCCACUGCAUAAUGGUCCGCUGGGGGCGCCCACCCUGUCUCCUCCACUUUGCUCUCCCAGCAGUUACAUCGGCAACCUGAAACCCAACGUCCAGGGGAAGAAAGCUAGGAAGCCAAGUACCAAGGGCCUGAGCUGCAAUAGCAAAGAUUCCAAAGACAUCAAAGCCAGGAGGAAAAAAUCACAGGAUGGGAAAGGGUGCCUUCUAGAUAGCUCUAGCGUGCUGUCACCAGUCGACUCCCUGGAGUCACCCCAUGGGUACCUGUCGGAUGUUGCUUCUCCUCCACUGAUGACCUCUCCAUUUCAGCAGUCCCCUUCGAUGCCUCUGAAUCACCUGCCAGGCAUGCCUGAUGCCCACAUGAGUAUCAACCAUCUUAACAUGGCGGGAAAGCAGGAUAUGACGAUGGGCAGCUCCAGCAGGAUGGCCUUCGAUUCAAUGCCCCCGCGUCUCUCUCACCUUCCCGUAUCCAGCCCCAGCGCAGUCAUGAGCAGUGCACCGAUGAAUUUCACUGUAGGCGGAGCGGCCAGCCUGACCGGGCAGUGCGACUGGCUAACGAGGCUGCAGAAUGGGAUGGUCCAAAACCAAUAUAAUCCAAUGAGAAACAACAUCCAGCCCGGGGCUCACCCGCAAACCCAAGCCCUUCAGCAUGGCAUGAUGACCUCCCUGCACAACGGCAUGCCCACCACUACCUUGUCUCAGAUGAGGAGCUACCAGCCCAUGCCUAAUACAAGGUUGGCCUCCCAGCCACAUCUGGUGCAGGCCCAGCAGUUGCAACAGAUCCAACAGCAGCAGAAUUUACAGCAGCAGCUGCAACAGCAGCAUCACAACACCAGCUCAAACACCAACGCCCACAUGAGCCAAAAUUUCCUCAGUAAUGAGCUAAACCAGGCAGACAUGCAGCAGGUGAGCAGCACUACCAUGGCAGUGCACACUGUUUUGCCUCAAGAGACCCAGAUCCUAUCAACGUCUCUACCAUCCUCCCUCACACAACCCAUGACCACCACCCAGUUUUUAACUCCGCCCUCUCAACACAGUUACUCCUCCCCCUUAGACAAUACACCCAAUCACCAGCUUCAGGUGCCAGACCACCCUUUCUUAACACCUUCCCCGGAGUCACCGGACCAAUGGUCAAGCUCAUCUCCUCAUUCCAACAUAUCUGAUUGGUCAGAGGGAAUCUCCAGCCCUCCCACGAGUAUGCAGUCACAGAUAGGACAUAUCCCAGAAGCCUUCAAGUAAAAACGGUGUUUCAGAGACAUUGACACAGUGGGACUUAGGAUCAUCUUUUAAAAACUUCUUCUAAGGACACUGGUUGUUUUGACUGAAGGAUCCCUUUUUAUAUGUUUUUUUAUACAAAAUAAGAAUACAAUGUUUAAUCUUUUUUUAGUAUUUAUUUAUGUACUUUUUAUUUUACAUGAAAACACUGCCUUUUUAUUUAUAUGUUCUAUUGUUAAGAACUCAAAAUGAGACACUUCAGUUGUGCGCCAAGGAAUUAAAAACUAUUAGAUCUUUUAUAGAAAUUUUGUUUUUGUUUUUGGGGUGUUUUUUAAUAUGUUGACUUGAUAGGGGGUGGGGGUUCUUUUUGUAAAGUUAUAAGCAAAGAUUCGUGAUUCUGAAAUGCCAUUUAUUUAUUGUGGGGGUUUUUUUUGUUUUUUUUUUUUGCUUUCAAACCCAGAAAAAGUGGGAGGGGAAGGGGGGAGAAUUAGCUACAAAUGUCACCCCUUGAAAAAAUUAUAAAUUAAGCAUGAAUCGAUUUUUGAAAUGUACUUUAAAAUGUUUUCUUGGGUGUUAUCUGAGGACAUUUUAUGGUACUAGUCAUGAAUCUUUGUUUAAAAUUUCAGUAUUAUAUAGUUGUACAUUUAUCUUAAUACAUAGAAAUUCUUGUUCUUUCUUUUUUAUAUAUAUUUAAAUGCUGUCUAUAUAAAAAAAAAUCAGGAUUACAGACCUGUGAUAGGUUCUAAGCUAAAAAAAAAUCUACAUAACAUUGUUGCUGCCUAAAGAAACAGAACAUUUGCCAAAUCUGUUGAAAAUCCAUAGCUAUGGAGUCAAUGCCGAAGGGUUUCUCGGGGUUCUUCUGCAAUUGACUGAAUAACAAUUUAAACAAUAAAGAUGCUAGGAGUUGAACUUUUAGAACCACAUCCUUCAUUUAAGGGUGGCCUGUCCUAUUUUGAAGGAGGCAUUUGUCAAUUACUGGAAACCAACUUGAAUGAAAGUUAACAGAGCAUUACAAUGCCCAACCACAGUCUACUAUCAAUCCAUAACAUUCAAGCUGGUUUUGAAACGCUGAACUUUUGGGUUUGCAACUUAAGAGGUCAGGUGCAGCUGUAGCCCUGACCUAUUCUACCAGGAGGGCAGAAAUUAGGAGACACAGACAAAAACUGGACUGCUCAGCCCAUGUGUUUAAAUGGUGACAUUUGAUUCUUGCUAGUCUGGAGUGAUGCAUCGGGUUUAUAUUGGUGCGUACUCUUUUGUGGAGGUGGGGGGGAAACAACCAUGUAAAAUAUAGUAUAAGCCUAUGGCAGAUUUAAUGUUUGUAAAUAAAUUUUUUUUUAAAAGGUGGAUUUUGUUUCAAAAAUCUAAAUGAACAAGUCUUAAGUACAUCAUGCUUAUUAGAGGUGUCAGAAUAUUGCUCACUCAUUGACUGCGAAAGAAAAGCAAACACUAUGCUUACAUACAGGACAUUCACUCACCUAAAAUGCAGUCAAUCAAGGAAACCUAAGAAAAGGGAGAGAUUCCUGAUCCCUUUUAGUUAGAAACCAAAUAUGAUUAAAAUUUCUCAAAAACACAAGGCUUUCUGCAGUCCCUUGUGUGCUCAUCUCUUAGUAAACACUUACGGAGCAUCGGUAUUGUGACAUCCCUAAUAUGAGUGAUUUAAACAUCAAGUGGUGUUGUCUUCCUCUGUUUUCUAAACUAGAAUGUAGUUUACGAAAAAAUCUUCUGUAAUAAAAUUAUCUACCUGCAAAGUUGUAGUUUGCAAAAAUGAUGUAUUUUUUGGUAAACUGAUUUGCAAUAAAUGAUGCUCAUGGGCGUCUAGAUUUUACUAAAA